AUGGCCACCGCGAAGACGCAGAAAGCCCUCCUUCUCCCCGCCCGCGCAGGCAAAUACGCCGUCGGGACAGUCCCCAUCCCGACUCCCGCGCCCAGCGAGGUGCUCGUGAAGAUCGAGGCCGCGGCGCUCAACCCGAUCGACUGGAAGAUCGUCGACAGCGACCUCUUCACGCCCAUCAUCCAGUCCUUCCCGUACAUCGCCGGCACCGACGGCGCGGGGGUCGUCGCCGAGGUCGGCGCGGAAGUCACGACGCUCGCGAAGGGCGACAGGAUCGUCUUCCAGGGCUGGUUCGCGAACCCGUGGGCGACGUUCCAGGAGUACUGCGUCGUCCCCGCCGUCUUCGCCGCCAAGCUCCCCGAGAACAUCUCCUUCGACGAGGCCGCGACGGUCCCGCUCGGGCUCGUCACCGUCUGGUCCGCGAUCUACAACACCGACCCCGCCGCGGCCGGCAAGUCCCUCCUCCUCCCGCCUCCCUGGGAGCCCGACGGGACCACGCUCGCGGGGAAGCCCGCGUUCAUCAUCGGCGGCUCCUCCUCCGUCGGCCAAUACGCGAUCCAAGUCGCCAAGCUCGCCGGCUGCACCCCCAUCAUCGCCACCGCCUCCCCGCGCAACGCCCCCCUCCUCACCGCCCUCGGCGCGACCCACGUCCUCGACCGCGCCCUCCCCGCCCCCGCGCUCCUCGCCGCGCUCCCGCGGCUCACCGCCGGCGCGCCCGUCGCGCUCGCCUACGACGCGGUCUCCCUCCCGGACACCCAGCCGCUCGCGUACGCCGCGCUCGGCCGCGCCGGCCGCCUCGUCGUCGUCCUCCACGACCGCGUCCCCGCCGCGCUCAAGGAGGAGGACGCGGCGGCGGCGGCGGCGGCGGCGGAGGCGGCGGGGGGCGCGCGCGCGCGCAAGACGAUCGCGCACGCGUUCAGGAACGUGCACGAGCCGGCGAACCGCGCGUGCGGCGCGGCGCUCUUCGCGCACCUGGGCGAGUGGCUCGCGAAGGGCGUGGUCAAGCCGAACAAGGUCGAGGUCCUCCCUGGGGGGCUCGCAGGGAUCCCCGAGGGUCUGGCGCGCAUGGAGGCGGAUAAAGUGAGCGCGACGAAGCUCGUCUGCCACCCGUCCGAGACUCCCUGA